UGUUUUUUGUUUUGUUAUGUUAUGUGGUUGUCUCUGCUGAAGUUAUUAGUCAUUCGCUUGAAAUCGCUAUUUCAGAGAGGUUAUCAAGGAUUACAAUAAUAAUUAAUUAGUUGAUUAGAUUAGUUGAUUUUUGUUUCUAAACUGAAAUCCAAAGAGUUUAUAGAGCUCUAUAAUCUUUGCUGAAAUCUCUGCUGAAAUUAUCAUUUUCAUUCAGAUAUGUUUCAACAAGGUUCAAUCAGAAGAAUACAGGUGAAACAGUUCGUGACUUAUUCCUAUGCGGAAUUUUAUCCUGGACCUCAUUUGAAUAUGAUUAUUGGUCCUAAUGGAACAGGAAAGUCAACUAUGGUUGCUGCUAUAAUUCUUGGAUUAGGUGGAAAUCCCAAAACUGUAGGAAGAGGUACAAAGAUCAGUGAAUAUAUAAAGCAUGGUUGUAAUGAGGCAACAAUAGAUAUCUACCUACAAGGGAACGAUCAUAAUACUUUUUUAAAAGUAACUAGAAAUUUUGAUUCUUCAGAGCGGAAUUUAUGGCUCAUCAAUAAUACUAGAAAAAGUUUAAAGGAAGUUUUAGAAACGAUCAAAGCUUAUAAUAUACAAGUGGACAAUCUUUGUCAGUUUUUACCGCAGGAUAGAGUGCAGGAUUUUGCUAAAAUGGAUAAGCAAGAGUUAUUGAAAGCAACACAGUUAGCACUGUGUAGAGAAGAUCUGUUUGAAAAGCAACAGAAAUUAAUUGAUUUCAAGAAUCAGUAUACAGAGAUGAACAUUUCUCUGGAAAAAAAUGAACAAAAACUAGUUCAAGCUAAGGAAUCUAAUGCUAGAUUAGAAGUAAAGGUGAAGAGUUUCAAUAAAAAGAGAAAUUAUUUGGAGAGUAUUCAACAUAUUGAAAGAAAGGUAGCAUGGAUCAGAUAUGAACAAUUGCUAGAGGAGGUGAAUGAAAUAAAAAAAGAUAAGGUCAAGGCUACAGAAAUAUUUGAUAAACAUAAGAAAAUUGGAAAACCAAUGGAAGAAGAAAUAAAUAAUGCAAAAAAAAAUGCUAAGCAGUUACACAACUCUCAUUCUAACACUAUGAAAAUAAAAUGGGAUAUGGAAAAGACCCUUGAAGAAAAAUAUGAAAAAAGGGAUUUUUAUAAGCAGUCUAUUCACAGUGUCAAUCAGGAAAUGAAUGUGAGAUUAGAUGAGUUUGUACAGCGUGAUGCUGAAAUAGAUCUGACUGUGAAUAAAAUUGAAGAGCUAGAAAAUAUUAAAAAAAAGUUGAUGGAGAAAUGUAAAAAUGAUCAACAGGUUAAUCAAAAAUUGGGACAAAUAACUGCUGAAAUUGAACAAGUGUCCUCUCAACAAAGAAUCUUAGAAGACAAAAGAGAUAAUCUUAUGUCUCAUAGAGUGAAUAAGCAGGCAGAAUUAAGAAUGAUGGAGAAUGAAUUGUCUCAUCUAGAAAACGUAAAAAAUCAAAGAUUGCAAAAGCUAUAUCAAAUAGAUAAAAGAGUUCAUCAAGCAGUCUUAUGGUUGCGAAAUAAUAAGCAUUUGUUCAAGGGUGAAGUGUGUGAACCAAUGAUGUUAGAAAUUAAUGUAUUAGAUAUUAAAGAUGCAAUCUUUCUGGAAAAUAUAAUUUCUAAGCGUGAUAGAUUAGCAUUUACUUGUGAAAGAAAAGAUGACAUGAAUCUUCUUGUUCAUAGUCUUAGAAAUCAACAAAAACUUCCAGUUAACGUUUUACAUUCUAACUCCAACAUAGACAUGGAGAAAUUUCAACCAUCAACACCUAUUGAACAAUUGAGAAAGUUUGGAUUCCAUGCCUAUGUUGAUCAUUUACUAACCGCUCCUAGACUUAUUAUGAACUAUUUAUAUAGGUCCUACGGUAUACACAAUAUUCCUGUUGGUGAUGCUAAAGUCGAUCAGUAUUUUGAGCAACUUCCGAAUUCUAUAAGGCUGUUCUUUAGUCAGAAGUCUAGAUAUAGUGUGAAAUUUUCUGCAUAUACUGGAGCAAAAAGUACUAGACAGAGUCAAAUCUCACCAAACAAUUCUUUAUCAAUUUCCGUAGAUAUUAUGAAACUGGAGAAUUUGAGAGGUCAAAUACAGGAAAAGAAAGAAAGCUUUUCACUAACUGACAUGGAAUUGAAAAAUUAUGAUAAUCAGUUACAGCAAUGUAGAGAAAAAAUUGAAGAAUUACAAUCUGAAAAAAAAGUGAUAUAUGAUCUAAAACAGCAGAUUAAAACUGUGGGAUCUAGGUAUAUGGCAAUGAAGGCAAAAGUAGAGAACCUGAAAGCAGCAAAUUCAAAUAGAGAAAGUGUCAAAACUGAUGCGAAGCAAAAAAUACGGAAAAUAAUUGAAGAAAUGGUGCUUUAUCAGAACGAGGUAUGUUCUACAUUCAAGGGUUAUAAAAAGUUGUUGGUUAAAUCACAAUUGAGUAUGAUGAAAGUGGAAUCAGCCAGAAAAAAGUGUAUGUAUUUAGAGAAUAAAUAUCAUGAAACUAAGAGACUAUGUGAUGAAGCUGAAGAAGUAUUGAACACUGUGAAAGAAAAAUAUGCUGAUAUUGUUGGACAGGCAAAAGCAGCAUUGCAAAAAGCAAAACAACUCUCAAAAGGAUUUACACCAGAUGAUGAAGGCUUCAAUGAGUUCAAAGAAAUUUAUGAGAAACUUCCUGAUGAUUUGAAAGUUCUGCAAGUAGAAAAGGAUCAGAUUUUAUUGAAGAUUGAUUGCUUACGAACAGCCGAUGAUGGCGAACUAGAGGAAUAUGAGCAAAGAGUUGAAUUGAUUAAGAAAUUAGAAAGCGAAAUAGAUAAAACCACUGCUGAAUUAACUAAAAUGAAAACACAAAUGGAAAAACUCGAAGAAGAGUGGCUGGUACCUCUUGGUAAUCUCGUGAACGAAAUCAAUUUGAAGUUCUCUAAUGCUUUCAAGAAAAUGAAAUGUUUGGCCGAGUUGGCCAUCUGGACAGGUACUGAUGCCACUGAUUACUCCCGCUAUGGCCUGAGCAUAAAGGUUUCUUACCGAAACGGGGAGCCGUUACAAGAGCUCAAUUCUACCACCCAAAGUGGGGGUGAAAGGGCAGUAGCUACUGCUGCAUUUAUGUUGUCACUUCAGGAGCUCACACCAGUUCCAUUUCGUUGUGUGGACGAGAUCAAUCAGGGGAUGGACAACAACAAUGAGAGGAGAAUAUUUGAUCUAUUGUUUGAUUGCACAACACAAGCAAACACAUCACAAUAUUUUCUUAUCACGCCAAAGUUAGUGCCCAACUUAAAGUAUUCAAAGAAUAUGGCAAUACACAUCGUACAUAAUGGACCUUUUGUUACCUGUGACAGAAAAUGGUACAUGUCCAAAUUAUGCAACCCUCAAGGCGUUAAAGUUAAUGUGUGAAAAAUUAUUAUUAUUUUUUGUGUCUUGUAUUACUUAUCUUUUGCUUUAUCUUUUAAAUAUAUUGAUAUUAUGUUGAAAGUACUCAAUAUAGUUAUACUGGAAUUAUUUCCAUAACUAACUUUACUUUUUUUAUGAAACAACAGAGUGAUGUCAGAAAGCCAAACAAACAAAUAGAAGUUGAAAUUUU